GCAUCUGUUAAUCGUGCGCUGUUAGAAAGCGGCGCUGCAGAACUCGGGGGGCAGCUGUGAGGUGUGCACGGGCAUAGGCGACAUCUCUAAAUCACGGCAGAACCAAGCUGUACCAUCAUGGAAAAAAAGCAAAUUGUGAACUUUGGUGCCGGACCUGCCAAAAUUCCACCUUCUGUAAGUGUGUUGUCAAAGCUUUGAUUACCGUAUCGAAACCAAUGCCCAUUGAAGGCGGAUUUCACNAAAAUCCUGAAUACAACAGAAAACCUGUUGCGUGAAAUUCUUGACGUUCCUGAGAAUUACAAAGUGAUCUUCCUUCAGGGCGGGGGCUGUGGUCAGUUCAGCGCUGUGCCCCUGAAUCUGAUUGGGCUGAAGGAGGACAGGUGUGCCGACUACAUAGUCACAGGCAGCUGGUCUGCUAAGGCAGCAAAGGAGGCGGAGAAAUAUGGAAAAGUUAACAUUGUCCACCCCAAACUGGAGAGCUACACAAAGGUUCCAGACCCUGGCAGCUGGAACUUGAACCCUUCUGCCUCUUAUGUGUACUACUGCUGCAACGAGACCGUCCAUGGUGUGGAGUUCCGAUCUGUCCCCGAGACAAAGGGCGUUCCCCUUGUGUGUGACAUGUCAUCCAAUUUCUUAUCCCAGCCUGUGGACGUAUCAAAGUUUGGCCUGAUCUUUGCUGGUGCCCAGAAGAAUGUGGGCUGUGCUGGGGUUACGGUGGUGAUUGUCCGGGAUGACCUUCUAGGAAAGGCGCUGAAAGAGUGUCCCGUCAUUCUUGACUACCAAGUGCAGGCGGGGAAUAACUCUGUGUACAACACUCCGCCGUGCUUUAGUAUCUACAUUAUGGGACUGGUUCUAGAAUGGAUAAAGAACAAUGGAAGUACUACAGCCAUGGAGAAAUUGAGCAAGGAAAAAUCAGAAAUGAUCUAUGACAUCAUUGAUCAAUCCAAUGGAUUCUAUUUCUGUCCUGUUGAAGUGGCAAGCAGAAGCCGAAUGAAUGUCACAUUCCGUGUGGGGAUAAAGGAUGGAGAUGAAGCUCUUGAAAAGAAGUUUGUGGAUGAAGCUUCCAGGCUUGGUAUGAUUUCACUUAAAGGUCACAGGUCUGUUGGAGGAAUCCGAGCCUCUCUCUAUAAUGCUAUCACAGUAGAUGAAACAAAAAUGCUGGCGAACUUCAUGAAAGAGUUUAUGAAAACACACCAUUAGAAGAUGGUGUGAUUAGCUGCUCAUGCAAAAGUACUUGUUGAUUAGUUAGUUAUGUACUGUACAGACCUUCAUAUUAAAGCCAUAGUUUAAUAUUAAUAGAGAAGAUCUAACUUCCAUUUGAGAUUGAUUUGGAGCAUAAAGAAAGCAGGCAUCAAAUACUGAUGCUUAAUACUUGUAUUGCAGGUUUAUUGACAUAAACCCUGCAGAAUUUUGCAUUAAAAGUACCUUAGUAACCUAACUGUUGUUACUUACAUUCCAGUUUGUUUACAGAAAUUUCUAAUAUAGUUGUUGUUCUGAGUUAACAGACAUUUGGCUUACUACCCCUAUGGUGCUUAUAUUGUUAUGUUUUCCUGUACUUUAAACAAAAAAUACUGUAUAAUGUAAAUAGAAAAACUUUUUGUCAGACAAAAGGGUCAGUCUUACCAUCAGUGCAUGAGACUAAAAAUAGUUAAAUGUAAAUCAGUGUUUUUACGGUUUUUAAUAUUUAAAAACACUAUAAUCUUGGAAAUAUGUUUGUUUUAACUUUUCAAAUGACAUUUAUGUGUUAGUUAUUGAUUCAGAUAAGGUUAAAAACUAACUUAACCAAAACUUUGAUCACAAAAUAUACUUAAAAUAUUUUAAGUCUUGUUGAGACAUGUUUUCAUUGCAAAAAGAGCACUUUCAAUCAGACUAAAAAGUGUGGAAGAUUUUAAGUUGUUGAAUAUGGACCUUACAUAAAGAAACGACCAACAAAUCUUUCUUAAUUUAGAACUUGUUACAAUUAAAAAUAUUUGUGAGUACUUA